AUGGAUAAGGUGAUGCAGCGUGCGGUGGUGUUCACGACGGUGCUCAUGGCCAUCCUGGGCGGCACCUUGUGCGUCGUGGGGCUGGAGCGCCUGAUCCGCGGCCGCUUCACCCUCUUCUCCAUGGUGCGCUUCCUGCUGCGCUUCACCUUGAUCCUUUUCCUCCCCCUCCUGUCCUACAUGCGCGCCAAAGCCAAGGACGAUGAGAUCCUCUUCGUGCUCCUGUGGAUGCUCCUCAUAGAGCUCUUCCGCAAGAAGGUGGAGGCGAUGGUACCAUCAGCCAGCAGCGGCUCCUUCUCCAGGUCUGCCAGUCGCUUCAGGCUGAUGGGUCACUCCGACGAGGUGACUCGUCUGGUGUGGAUCGGCUUCCUCAUCUACUCCAACGUUGACUGGCAGAUAGGGAUGAAAACAAAGAAAGCUGUGAUGUUGCCCAUGUUUGCCAUCCUAUGGUCACUGGCUGUGGCGAAGCUGGUUCAGAGGGUGCUCAACGAAUGGAAGGCCCAGGACUCACUGUCCGCCGCAGGCAGCGCUAACCUCAUUGCAGGCUAUAUGCAGCAUGUCCGUGAGCAGCAGGAGGAGGAGGGCCAGCCGGGGCGCCGCCAUAGCGACGGUGGCAGCAGCGGCGGCUCGGGUGCUGGUGGUGGUGCUUCCCCUGAUGUUGACCUUGACACCGUAAUGGGCAAGUGCCAGUAUGUGGUGAUGGGAGAGGAGAAGCUGGUGCUCAACAAGAAAGAGAGGGGACGACGACAGACGACGGGCUCCAAGGUACUCCUCACCACUCCUCACUGUGGCUACGGUGUGGGGAGGUUUCCCCACGACCAAGAUGAACUAAAGCAUGUUCAUCUCCUCGUCGACCUCGACAAGGUCAAGAAUUUAGUCACAGUGAAGGACAUAUGGCAGAAUCUAGGACGUUGGCUAGCGCUCUUUGGAAACAGAAGACCAAAAUUCAUCGAUCACAUGCUCCUCAUGUGCCUCUCUUUCUCCCUCUUCAAGCUGCUGCGCCGCCGCUUCGAGCACUACCCCAUGGUGGAGGUCGGCUCCAAGAUGGCACGGCGGCUAAUGAUCGAGGGCCUCCUCAACGACCAUGAGCCGGCGGUCGCUGACAAUGCGUCGAGGGCAUUUAGAGUGAUCCAGCUUGAGCUCGACUUCCUUGACAACUACUACCAGGCCGGCGUCCCGGUUGUGAUGUCGGCUCCUUGGCUUUUCCUCAUCAACUUCCUCUCGUCUCUCCUCUUUGUGUCGAUAUACGUUCUUGCCGUUGCCAUACUAGUAAUCAUUACUCCUGAUAACAAUGACACCAAAUACUUCAUCAUUACCAUGCUGCUUGUGAUGACCCUCCUCGCCGUUGAAAUCACAGACUUCCUCACUACCUACUUGUUCUCCAAUUGGUUUCUAGUGCACCUGCUAUGCUUAUAUGUAGCCCCGGGGGGCGGCCUGUGGAACUUCCUGGUCAACCCAAUCAUUUGUUGCUUCAUUGCAUACCGCCUUUUGGUAUUCAGCUCACUCAAGUUUGUGCUUAAACUCACUGGAAGGCCAGUUAACGAGAAAAAGAUGAAGAUCAAGCAGGUAUCCAUCCUCCGAGUUUGUGAGCCAGUUCACAAAAUGUUUGCAUGGACGUCUCAGGCGACGCUGCCAUCUGAAGCCAAGGUAGCCAUUGUCAAGGACUUGAAGGCUAUCAACCUGGACACCGGGGUUGUCAACCUGCCGCAUGACGACAUUAGUGGCUUUGACUUCAAUAUCAUCCGAGGAAAAACUGCCACCGAGAUCAUCCUGGCGUGCCAUCUAGCCACGGAGCUAUUGGAGGUAAAGCAUGGCAAGCCGAAGAAGAAGCCGAAGCAGAAGGAGCAGAAGCCCGAAGACUGGGACCACCAGACCGUGGCAACUACCCUGUCAAGGUACUGCAUGUACCUUGUGGCGCGUGUCCCCGAGCUCCUGCCGGACGACGAGAGGUGGGUGUCCGACAGGUACGAGGACGUCAAGAGCUGCCUCAAGGAAGCGUCACGCCGGUGCUGCUGUAGCACUUGGUGCUGCCCAUGGAGGCGCGCAGGGCGCUGGAAGGCGGUGGCAGAGAUGAAGGAUCAACUGAAGGAGGCAACGGCUAAGGCGGGUGUGAAACUGUACCAGCAGCUGGAGAAGGGGAAGGAGGACUCCGCAGCUGAUGAUGCCUGGAAAUGGAAGGUUCUGGCCGAGUUCUGGGUCAAGCUGCUCAUCUACCUGGCGCCGUCCAACGACGUGGAAGGCCAUGCCAAGGCUCUGGCCUCCUCAGGCAGCGACCUCAUCACAUGCCUCUGGGCCUUGUGCACACACGCGGGCAUCAAGCGCCACCCACCUGAGCCGGCAGAGCUACACGCCGGCACUCAGCAGGUGUAG